CACGACACAUUGGCCUUCCAUUUUACACUCUGCCAGAUCUUUUCGAUUUGAUUUCGAAAGGCUAAUUUGGGGAUGUGAAUGUUUAAAAGGGGUGGCAAUUUGUCACUUGUUUCUACACCAUACCAGGGAUUAUUUUUAUCUGCUAUAUCAACAUGGUUUAGUUGUAGUAAGCUCACUACACCCAGGCAGAGAUCGAAGCGUAUUAUCCAGAUUGACAUGCCCUAUCAGAAAUGCUGCCAUGUGGAUGAAACAAGGCUCUGCUCACUCUCUCAGCUACCCAAAUGUCAGUGCUUCCAAGCUGGAAUCAUGGCAGAAAAUGCUUAGCAAUUGGAAUGAGGCUGGUGCAUCAUGCAUGGAAAAGAUUCAUGUCUUCCUUGAAGAUGGUGUUCCCAUCAAAUUACGUGGACGUCUGUGGAAAUGCCUUUUGGGCAGUGACCUCGCUAAACAGAGUAGUAGUCACACCUACCAGGAGUAUGUGGAGGAACUGCGCAGUCAGCUGGCAAGGCUUGGCGUGAAUGAGUAUGGGGUGCAGGUGGCCAUUUCUACACUAGAAAAUGCAGAUAAAGAGAAGGCAGAAACAGACAGCACAGCUCCCAACCUGACAGCUAAUCGCAACCCUGAGAUCACCAUUGAAACAUUAAGACAGAUUGUCCUUGAUGUUGAAAGAUCAUUUCCCACUCACUGUUCCCUAAUGGGUAAAAAUCCAGAGGCAAAAGAAGGGCAGGCAAAACUCUUCAGGAUCCUCUCUGCAUAUGCCAAGUAUAAUCCCCAGAUUGGCUACUGCCAAGGAAUGUCCUACAUAGCAGCAAUGCUCCUAAUGAACAUGCAAGAAGAGGAUGCUUUCUGGGCUUUGGUUGUCCUCCUGGAAAAGCCCAAGUACCUGGCUGGAUUUUAUGAACAUUCUUUAGAUACAAUCCAAAGGCAUGCCAAAAUCUUUCAACAGCUGCUGAAACAUCGAAUGCCCUGCCUCUGGCAACAUAUGGAGAAUUUGGAAGUGGCACCGUUACUGUUCAUCACCACUUGGUUCCUGACUCUCUUUACAUCCUUGCCUUGCUGGGAUUCAGUGUUGGCCAUCUGGGAUCUAAUCAUUCUAGAUGGUAUCAACGUAAUAUUCAGCACUGGCCUGUGUAUUCUACAGCUUCUAGAACCUCGGCUACUCGCCAUGUCUGAUGUCUCUGUGCUUCUCCCGACCCUGCUCCGGAUUCCCGUUGAUGUCUCCAGAUAUAAUGUCCUGGUCCCAGCGCUGUGGGUAACCAAGGUACACAAGUGGGAGCUGGACUGCAUGCAGAGUGUGGUGCUGGAAGAGGAGGAGGAAGCACUGCUUUCCUCAGGCAAACACUCCAUUCAGGCAGCCACUGUGGAAAAUACGACAAAGCUAAAUGGGAAAAAAGCACCUGACACAAAGGGAGCAGAAGGGAAGAGGACUACAAGGUCAAGUUCAUCGAUAGGAAGAGGAGCUGGACAACAAGAGACAUUGAAGGACACGCUUACCAAGAUGCUGAAAAUAGCCCGCUGUUACCUGCAAGAUUUGCGCCACUUGUCUGAAGGACACAAGGAAACCCCUUCACAGGAAAAAACAUUGUUUAUCCCUGGUCAUUCAAAGCGUCGGUCAACUACUCUCAACAACAAAGGGCAGGCGAGGAGGGGGAUUAGUGGGAGGGGGAGGAUUGAGAAAACUUCCCGAUAAGAUCGGGUUAAACUUGCCAUCGACAGGGAACCAAUAUUAUUUCCUCGUCAGUUUAGCAAAGAAAACUAUUUGAAAGGGGAGUGGAUAUUUUGACUCUGUAAUUAGGUGUCCACUACUACUGACUCCAUGUUAUUUGUUCAUUAAAUGUGCCGAGUUAAUUAACUUUGUCUCGUAAAUAUAUUUUUUAAAAAGCAGUGCCAAUCCUCAUAGUUUGUCACUAAUGCACUUGUGUCUAAUGAAAUGCACUCU